GCAGGGAGAUCUUCUUUUGUUACCUGGGCUCGCAUCUGCCAUAGCUGGGCCUGUUGCUGCUUGUGUUCUUACGGUUUACUAAGGUGGGGACUUUGGCUGGACUCGGAGGGGAGAUGGAGGUGUUCUGAGUUUGGAAAUCAUGCCCAAGUUCAAGCAACGAAGAAGAAAGCUAAAAGCCAAAGCAAAAAGAUUAUUCAAAAGAAAAGAAGCCUCUUGGGUUCAGUCUAAGCUAAUUACACCUCCCCCUCCACCACCCUCACCAGAAAGAGUGGUUAUUCCUUCAACAGAUACACCUGCUAGCAGAAACUGGCUAAGACUGUCCUGGAACUUCAGAUUUCCCAAUAUCAAAGAUGUGAUAAAUCUUUGGACAAAUAGAGUAUGGUCUAUAUACAACUGGUGCCAGAACUGCAUGACCCAGAGUUUAGAAGUAUUGAAAAAUACCAUUUUUCCUUCCCGUUCCUACCACCGAGAACUUCAUGGUCUAAAACAACGGUUUUGCACUUUGGAAAGUGAAUUAUGCAAGCUCCAGGAAGCCCUCAAGGCCAUCUCAGAAAAUUCUUCCUCUCCAAACUGUGGUCAAAUGUGUCCCAUGCGUGGUAAACUUAAAAAUGUGCCUGCCUGUGCUCUAAACACCCCUGGAGACUCCGGAGCUGAAUUUCCUCCCUCACCGCCACAGCCAGCCAGCCAUCUGCCCCCUCCUCCACCGCCUCCACCGCCGCCGCCUCCUUUGCCACCGCCUCCUGCACUGAGAGCACCAUUGCCGCUCAGAAAAUCUGAUCUCACUAAAGCACUUCAGGCUAGGGCAUUAAGAAAAGAUGGACCCAUGCAGAUAACAGUUAAAGACCUACUGACUGUGAAAUUAAAGAAGACACAGAGUUUUGAUGAAAAUAGAAAGCUUGUACCAUCACCAAAGGCACGGAACCCGCUAGUUACUGUCUCUGACCUGCAACGAGUUACCCUGAAACCCAUCAAAGUUUUAUCAACUCGAGUUACAAAUGUCUUAAUUACUCCUGGUAAAAGCCAGUUAGAUCUCCGGAAACUACUUAGAAAAGUCGAUGUAGAGAGGAGCCCAGGUGGAACGCCACUUACCAAUAAAGAAAAUAUGGAAACAGGAACUGGGCUGACCCCAGUAAUGACCCGGGCUUUGAAGAGAAAGUUUCAGCUGGCUCACCCUAGAAGCCCAACUCAAACUCUGCCACUUUCAAGCAGCUCUGAUGAACAAAACUGAUGCCACCUCUUCCUGACUGCAUGUGAUGAUCCAUAAAACAUACAGAUAAAAUUACCCCAAUCCUUAUGUAGUAUAUAUAAACAGUUAUAUUAAUAUAUAAUUCAUUUGAAGAAUUAAAAUAUGUAUAGGGUUCCCAUUGUGGCGCAGUGGUUACGAAUCCGACUAGGAACCAUGAG